AUUGUGCAGAAGGUAUUGACUCAGCAGCACAUCUGACAGAAACACCUGACUUGAUCCACUAUCUAUAAAAAUGAGGGAAAUCUUUCCCCAGCACCCCAGUCGCUGAUCUGUCCGAAAGCACCGCCAUGGGGAUUUCACGCUUGGUGGCUCUUCUACUCUGCUGGAACAUUUUGCUCGCUGCAUCGGAAGCCGCCCACUGUCCAGACGGCGCAGCACUCCGUCCAUGCACCUGCGACCACGAAGGCAUCAACUGCAUGAAGGCCAAUUCCACCCAAGAGCUUAGAAAGGCUUUCCGAGCAACAGGCGCCAACGAGCACGAGUCCCUCUGGAUUCAGAAGACUCCGAUUCAGUCGUUUCCCGCCGGUGUCCUCGGAGACUUUAAAUUCCGCCACGUACACGUCGAGAUUAAUGCAAACUUAACGGCGUUUGAUCUGGGCUCCCUGAAUAACACGAAGAAAUUCCUCGUGUCGAUAAGUUUGUUCAAAAACGCUUUGUCGUCCUUCGACUUUAAGGGGAUCAGCUCUUUUCCGAAACUCCUCACCCUCAACCUCGGAAAGAACAACUUGCGGACGAUUCCAGCGCAGGCUUUCAGCCACCCGACACUCGAAGCGCUGGUGCUUUCUGAAAACCCAAUCGUAUCUGUAGGUGCCAAGGCAUUUGCAGGCCUGCGAGAAUUAAAAGAAUUAUUUUUGAGUGGCACAAGGCUGACGACCCUUGGGGACAAUUCCAUGAAGAUACUCAGCAUCCAGCCAGGGCUCACGAUCAACUUAGCCGACAGCUUGAUUUCGUCGAUAAGCCGAACGGCGUUCGCCGGGACUGCACCUCAACGCCUGGAUCUCAGCGGCAACAACCUGACCACGCUUUCCGAAGACGUGUUUAGGCCAUUGCUUUAUAGGAUGCUGCGCAGUCCCAGGAAGUUCGGUGAAGUGCCCAUGAUCGGGCUAGGAAAUAAUCCUCUGUCGUGCCACGGCUGCUCUUUCCGCUGGCUGGUACCUCUGAGGACGAGCCGAGGGUAUAACUCGAUGUUGAACGGCUUUGCCUGCCGGGAUGGGACGCCGUUUCACAGGCUCACCUACAGCAAGAUUCGCUGCGACCAGAACGGACCGUUCUAGAAUCGAGUGAAUUCGGCUGUCAUAUCGGUGCAAUAUAAGAGCUUUCGCGUCUUUAGAAAAAAAACAUACCUUCGAUGCUGUCCAAUAGAAUACGCCACUCGUGAUAUCAUUAUGUUCCGCUCUAAUGCUAUCUCCAGGCCCCUACAACGAGAGAUGUGACCACCGGGUACCAUGAACUCUUGAGGCGGACCAAAGGUGACAGCGGAGAAAGCACUUACACGGCCCUCAUACAUAAAUAUUUCAGGUCAGAGUGACACUUAGACGGUCGUCCUACUUGGCCCUUGUGUAACCCUAAGUCCAGUCUUAGCUGGGACCUUAGUAAGUUCUGCGGAAGGUGUGGCGACGAAUGCAUUCUUUCUUCCCACAUGCCGAAAACGCAGAAUCGGAGAAUUCGCGAACUCACACCAGAGAGAGGGACGCGGAACGUGGCAGAUCGUCGUAACAACGGCUUCACCAACAACGCUUCAGGUCGAUGAAAAGAGCCGAAUGAUAAUAAAACAAAAACUGAAACUCUGAA